AUGACUUUUACUCCCAGGGUAUGGCGAUAAGGACCUCUAAGCAAGUAGCCGGGGACAUCAAGAAAGCUGCAAAGGAGGCAAACAGAGUGCAGCGAAUGGAGACUGAAUUCCAACCAAAUGAACAAUUGAUCAAAGAUAUGGCCACUCCAAGGUACAAAAGGAAGUCUCCAAACUCCAAACUGCUAAAAACAAACAGUUUUCAUGCAAACUCGCCGACACUAGGGCUCCUCCCAGCAAUUCCAGAUCUACAUCCAGAGGCAGGAAUAAAGCCAAAUCUGGUCAUAGCCCACACAGGAAAGCGACUCAAAAGACACAAAGUCGUUCCAAAAUGCGAAAUUCACAAACAUCUCGUAAACACCAGUGUGGUGUUACAUUCUCUGGUAGUCGUUCUUCUUGCUGGCGUCGCCAACCAUCAAAAAUGCCAAAAGCCGUGCCGAUGGUUCUAUAAAAUAGAUCAGCGAGACCAGUAUAACAAAUGGCUUGACACAUUGGCAAACACACUGAUUCUGGACCCUCUGCUGCGAAAUUUGGAAUUUCAUAAUAUCUCUCAGGUUAUUCUCAACACGAUGCUGUCACAAACUCUUAGCCUAGGUCUAAAAUUGAGACCUACACUUAAACCUCAUGCGGCUCAUGUUUUUGAGAAUCAGAUACAGGAUUUCUGCCGAAGUGUUCGGUUACAUCGCAAGUAUGCUGACAAGGCAGAGGACCCUGAUUUCAGCCCAAAACUUUACGUGAAAUUGAACCGGAAUCCUCCACGGGAAGAUCCAGACCUCGAGGAAAACCGUAUAAGAUACAUCAGGAGCUACUGACGACCUUCAGCAAUAAUCGCU